UGAACACUUCGAUGGCCUCUUCAUUCAAGGAUCUGGAGCCAUCAAUGGCCAAGGAACAAAAUGGUGGAAACUUUCUUGCAAACAUAACCAAAAACUUUGUCUCCAAAAAGCAACCGGUUUUUGUCAUGGCACACUCCAACAAUGUACAGAUUAGUGGCUUAACCUUUGAGGACAGUCCAAAAAUGCACGUUGCAUUUGAAAGGUCAACAUUGAUUUAUGCUACUAAACUUACAAUCAGAGCCCCAGAGGACAGCCCCAACACUGAUGGCAUUCACAUCCAACAUUCCACCAAUGUCUCUAUAGACCACUCAAUCAUCCAGACUGGUGAUGAUUGUAUAUCAAUCGGAGAUGGUUCAAAAUACCUUAAUAUUAGUAACAUCAACUGUGGUCCAGGUCACAGGAUUAGCAUUGGAAGUCUUGGAAUUAAAGGAAAAACUGAGGAAACGGAAUUUGGAGGACAUGGAUAUGCAAGAUACAUAAAAUUUGAACGUAUAAUAUCUUAUGGUGCAACUCGACCUACCAUUGUUGAUCAAUAUUAUUGUCCCCAUAAACAUUCAGCUGCGGAAGUAAGCAAUGUUGCCUAUAGUUACAUACAUGGAACAUCACAUAAAGAAAUUGCAAGGGAACUUGCAUGCAGUGAAUCAACUCCAUGCAAAAAUAUAACCAUGAAAGACAUAAAUUUGAGAAAUAAAAAUGAAGAAGAGAGCACUUCAUCAUAUUGUUUGAAUGUGGAAGGGUUUAGAAAUGCAAGAGUUAAUCCAAAUGUAUAUUGUUUACAACAAGAUGAAUAG